GGAGGAGGAAGUGAAAAAAGAGGAGGAGGAGGAAGAGAAAGAGGAUAGUGAAGAGUGCGUCUUGGACGAAAGACGCUUGAUUCAAAACGAGAGACGUGACAUCAGUAAACAGGAAAUAUCCCCGAAAGCGCGCUCGUCUUGGACAAGCUCCGUCUUUCAAACCGGCAAACGGUCCUGUGGACUAUUAAACGAACCACUCUAUCUCUUCACCAUCCCGAUUCAUUUCUUGUACAUGUUCUCUAUUUAUGCGUGGAUGCUGUUUCUGGUACCUCACGCUGAACACCUGGGAAUCCCUCCUUCUAAAGCAAUCUUCCUCUCCACAAUUGGCGGCAUAGGUGGCAUCAUCGGUCGGACCAUCUUCAUCAUCCUCGUUGGCAAAGGCAUCAAUGUUUAUAUCAUCUACAUCGCCAUAGGCCUCAUCGGCACAGCAUCAUUUCUUCUGGACUUCAUCAGUUCUGCUUACGCGGUGCGUGCUACAUUGGCUUUUUUCCAAGGUUUCUCCUUCUUCAUCGAGGAUGCUCUUAUGUCCAGUUUAUUGAAAGAUGCAGUCUUUGACGAUCGGAAUUUUAACAUGGCCGUGGCUCUCGGUUCAUUCGUAGACGGACUAGGGGCGACAUGUGCAGGAACAAUUACAGGUUAUCUGUUUGAUGUCACCCAGUCAUUCACGAUGGUGUUCAUCAUCGUCGGCUUCAUUCGCGCCGUCAUGGUCGUUCAUCUCUUCAUCGUAUGGAUCCUCAUCAAGAGACGACGACAAGAUGUCAGCUCUGAUUUUGACCAUUGAGGAUUUAGAGGAGGAGGCAGAAACUUCUACCUAUCCUCCUUCCUUUUAAAAUAAAUAAAGGAGGUGCCCUUAACAAGUUGAUACCGAACAAGCUAUUCAUGCGAUUGGUUAGUAAUGGCUAAUAGUAAUAACUACUUGUAUUUCCAUGAACUUUACCUAUUGUUUUGUUUUGUUUUUAGUAUGCACAAUUUAGAAUGACCUAUUGGCCUUCAAUAUAUCAGAAGUUUACCUUCUAAUUACUUCCAAUAUUUUGCCAAAAUCUUUGUUGUCAUUUCGGUGUCUUAGAAAAUCGACGAAGAACAAGAGCUUACCAAAUUGUUACCAAAUAAAUAACUCAUACGAUUUCGUCAUUAGGGACUUUUAGAUUUGCAGGGCGACAUAGUUCCUUAAAAGGACGUCACACGUAGCAGUCCACUAUGUCGACGUGCAAAUCUAAACGUCCAUAUUAACAUGUAACAUUUUGGAACGUCAUUGGGUGCCUACCUGAUUUGUUUUUUUAGGUCGGGUCGGGCUAUUGUCAUGUUGACCUUACGCCGGGCGCGGCUUAGUGGUUGGUUAGUAAUGGUUUAUAAUAGCUUACUUCAUCCCCAUGAAUCUAUACCAUCUAUUGUCAUUUGAUUAGGAACACAUUGAAAAUGGCCCUGGAUAAUAGCAUUGUUUGAAUCAAGAGUUUACCUUCUAAAUUAAUUCCACUGUGCCAUUUUCUUAGGUUAUUUUUUUUAAUGCAAACCCUUGUGAUAACCUUGUACGAAAACAAAGUAUUGCGUCAUUUAUUCAUUGUCUUUUGUCUUUAUUGUCCUUUUAAAAAUCUGCCGCGAAGCGUGGCAGAGCACCUAUAAAUUUCGGAAGAAUUUAUCUUUUUGCUUCUUUAUCUUCCCUUUCUUGCUGUGUGGUUUUUGUUCAUUUUAUAUCUCAUGAAUGGCAUGGUAAAUGAUAAUGACAAUUUUAAAGGUACUUUGUCCUAUUUGCAGGUCAAACAAUGAAAUGGUUAAAUUCCAACGACAUUUGAAUGCCAAUACUUAUUCAGAACUUCCAUCAAAACGAAAAGGUAUAAAAAAAAUUUUUUAGAAAAUAACGACCAUUAGUUGUCGAACCGACAUAAGUGAUUGCAAUCAUCUAAGUAAUAGUCUGAUUUUUAGACCAAUGUACUAAAUGGUCAUAUGAUUUGUGUUGCAUAAAGGUUCAAUCAGUUUAAUUUUGGCCAUUACAAGUAUACCGUGUGAGUCCAAAAAAAGUUUACAGCUAGAAAAUUGGUA